AUGCAACUUUCGAAAUUUGUGUUUCUUGUGGUUCUUGCCAUAUAUUUCCAUCAACCAGAGACUGCUGCACUUCGCUAUAUUAACUACGGAGAACUUCCUAACGUCUUCUGCCCAACUUCUUCAACGACGGUCACUACCAUCGCAACUACAAGUCUUGAAGAAUCUACCGAGACGACAAGCAAUACGCCGUCAACUACCGAAGUUGAGUUUUCUACUUCUACAUCUGAAGCUACUUUCUCGCCAACAACAACCGAUGCGACUAGUACUAUUUCUACUCCAACAACCGACACGACCGACACCUCUUCUUCAACGAUGAUAACCACAGAUGCAACAACUACAAUUUCGUCGCCUUCAACAGGAAAUCCAAGCUCAAUGACGUCAUCUGCGACAGUUUCAACAUCAUCUACGUUUGACAAUGAUCAAGUGGUGACAACGGAAACAACAUCUGGAUUGAAUUUGACGUCGACCAGAGUCGAUCCAGAAACUUCGACGAAGCCGUUAUCGUCAACCGAAAUACCCUCUACACAAAAAUCAUCGAUGUCUUCUCAAGCGACUGAAUCGUCAACAAAAAUCUCAACCACUUCAUUGGAAACAGAUUCCACCUCAACCGUUCAUGAUUCCACCUUAACAACGCAAACUGUGAGAGGGGAAUCAACAUCGAAAUCGCUGGAGACGUCUGAAAGACUUUUGAUUUCAACUUUGCCGCAGACAUCGCAGGCAGAAACAGAAUCGAUCGCAACAGAUUCGACAAGCACAACUAGUUUGAAUGAAAUGACUUCAACGACGUCGAAUGACUCUACAAUAACAAAGAGCACAAUAUCAGAAUCUUCAACAACGGACGACGUGGAUAUCUUUUCUUCAACAUCUUCAACGACGGAGGCGUCAGGAGAGACAACUACUGAAACAGAAGACAGUUCAAGCUUUCAUUAUUCCUCAUCGGAGAGCAGCUCAACCAUUGGAUCAAGCCCGACAGAAGCUAUUGAAUCGACAGGAGAAGAAACAACGAGUCCAGCAAGUGCAACUUCUGAAGCCGUUUCGACGAAUGAGAUCCGAAUGGUGAAUACAACAUCGACGAUUGAAAAAUCAACGUCAGUUACAUCCUCUGCGGAACAAUCAGAGCCCACGACAUCGGUGGCUACCACUGAUAGCGAUGUCUUGACGCGAAUCGAGAUGACAACAAAUGUCGAGACAAAAGAAGCCACAGGAAGUACAACAACAAAUGAGGAAACGACAGCGAGAGGAGUGGAAACAAGUAAAAUAUCUGCGAAGAGCACACCAGCGUCGGAAGCCACAAUCACAUCGAUUCCGAUAUCGUCGACGACCAUUGACAGCGGAAUUUCGACUAAAUCUGAAACAACCGUGGGAGCCGAAGAAUUGAGCACUGGAAAAACUGAAGAGAUCACAACAAGUGGAAAUGUAGUAACGGAAAGUUCGAGCAGGAUGAGCACUAACGGAAUUGAAGAGUCGACGACACAAGAUUCAUACGAAACAACGGAAAGGUCCGAAUCAAAGAGUACCGUCGAAAUUGGAAAAUUGCCGUCAUCAACAACAGAUGCAGUAACGGAAAGCUCAAGGAGGAUGAGCACUAACGGAAUUGGAGAGUCGACGACACAAGAUUCAUACGAAACAACGGAAAGGUCCGAAUCAAAGAGUACCGUCGAAAUUGGAAAAUUGCCGUCAUCAACAACAGAUGCAGUAGCGGAAAGCUCCAGUGGGAUGAGCACUAACGGAAUUGGAGAGUCGACGACACAAGAUUCAUACGAAACAACGGAAAGGUCCGAAUCAAGGAGUACUGCAAACGUGGAAAAAUUGACAACAACUGGAGUGGAUGCAGAAAAGGAGAGCUCGAGUACUAUGAAUAGGGAACAGAUUGAAGAGUCGACGACACCGAAAACAACUACCGAAGACAUCGAAGAUAGAAGUUCAGAAGGAAAGUCGACGAAAGAAACGACAACCAAGGAUUAUGAAGAAUCAGUCUCGUCAACCAAAAGUACAUCGACGUCGGAAAUAACCUCGAGUAUUACGCCUACAAUCGAGUCUCCAACCGACUCCGAUCUUUUUUCAACUACAAACCCUUAUGGCCGAACAUCACGAAUAACUUGGCCACGGUCAACUUCAAGCAAAUCGGAGGCUGAAAAGACGACGGAGCAUGAGAUGAGUCGGAAGACGACCAAUUCGGUGAUUAGAUCCGAAACGACGAUCACUAGAACACGAAUGGACAAUCCGACGAUCGGACCACAAUUCGAACAAACUACAACAUAUUUUAUGGCUGAUGGAACUAGAAAAACGGAGACGAAAAUGACAACACCAACGCAACUAAUGACGGAAUUGAAGACCCGCGUGACGCCUUCAGGAGCAUCAGAAGCCACCACAAGUUCGCCAUCAAGUACAACUCCGACGAACGUUUGUCCAGAUGGAAUGAUUGAAGGCCGUCUGUUCUGCUAUGGAUUUGUUAACACAUUUCACACCUAUUCGUACAAUUUUGGGACUUGCAAACAGAAUUUCGGAGCCAAGUCGAAUCUUGUGCCGAAGUAUGCAAUGUACGAUCCGAUCGAUCGAGUUUUGCUCAUGAACAUGACAAGGUUGUAUAUGAACAAUACGAUAUUGUUCGCCGAUUCCGAAGGUGGUCCGAAACAUCGACAAAACAAAAAAGUCGAAAUAGUGGACUUGUCGAAAUUCCCAACAAAUCCGAAGACCAAAGUGGUCGGAUUUGGCGAGACGAUCGACGAAAUCACACCAAUCUGUCGGGUGCCAAAGUAUGGAAAGAAUGUGCAAUGCUCGACGGGCAGUAUGUAUACGAUUGAGGAUUUGGGCGAGUUGGUGAAAAUUCCGCCCAAAAACAACACGUUAUAUGAGAUUGGCGAAACAUUGAGACUUACUUGCAAAAAAUCGGACUGUGAGAAACAAAAUUGGGAUUUGAAGUGCGCGAAUUCGGGAUGGUGGGUGCCUUCGCCAGAAACGAUCACAUGCGUCCGAAAACGCGGUGCCGCUUUCGUUCCGGAAAAUCCUGUCGGUGUUUACCGGGAGCUCGUCGAAGAUUGCUCGAUGUGCAGUUGGUACGGCACCAAGAAAUGCACCGAAGUCGGCAUCAACAACGCAACAAGUGUUCGCGAAUAUAAAUGCGAAUGCAAAGAAAAAUUCAAUGGAUAUUGGUGCGAAGUCAAAGGCGAAUGGUGUGGAAUCGACGACAAAGCGAACGACUAUUGCUCAAAUAAUGGAAAAUGCGUCAACGAACUGGAGAAUGCUGUCUGCGAGUGCGACUACGGAAUGGGCUCGGAGAAAUGCGAAUUUAACAGAACAACGUUCGGAUGGAACAUAUAUGGAUGGCUGUCUGGAGCCAGUAUCUCGAUCAACGUAUUCUGGAUAUUGCUCGUCUUAUGGCUCAUCGUCGCGUCGCUAACCUUGACAGAAAUCAAAGAAAACGAUGAUCGCUUCUCAACAAUAAUCCGAUGUCGUCAUUGGACGGUGUUGUUCUACGCGUUGGCAUUCGCAAUUGGCCGGAAACCGCAAAUAUUGGGUCUAGUGUCUUCCGGAUGCGAUUUCUACUUCUUUUUGAUUCACGGUGCCGCUCUCAUGGCGACUGCGUUCCACGCCUCCGAAAUUGUCGCCUACCAAGGGACAGUGUUGUGUCGUCAGCGAAACGGUUGGAGCUCGUGGGAUGAUUUCAUGCUGACGGAUUCGUCGUCGAGAAACAUAUUGUGUUUCCUUGGAAUUCCCAUCUAUGGUGCAGUUAUUAUCGCAUUCACCGUCUACGCCAUUAGUAUCAGUUCAAACCCACUGGGUGUCACAACAACUUGGUCGUGUCUUGGGCAGCUGCACCAAGUCAACACCACAGCGGCAUUCGUAAUGCUCCUCUUCAAUUUCUGCAUCGUUUUGGUUGGCGUCGUCUUCAUAUGGGUAGUUCAUCGAUUUGCCGAUCAAAACGAAAUACACCGCUGGAAACGACAAGCGUGGUGGCAGCAUUAUGCUCCGACGAAGAUUGAGCUCACCGCGAAGGUGACUCGACAGCGCCGAUUUGUUCAGCUUCUUCCUGUGCUCUUCUUCUUCCAGUACCUUUUCGGAGUUCUCAGCACAUCCUACCCAGAAGUUCAAUGGUUCGACAGAGCUUUUGCCGGAUUCAUGUGGUCUUACAUCGCGUUAUUCCUCCUCCAAAUUGUCUAUCUAAACGCUCGGAGCUGGUCGAAAUUGUGCAAUUUCAUGAUGAAAUAUUUUCCAAAGUGCAUGUCGCCAAACUUCAAUACGGUCACGUUGUAUUCAAGAGACGAGACAUUGCAAUGGCUUCGACCAAAUCGGUACCGCCGCGAAAAAGAAAAUGAGUUCGAGAAGAAACGAAAAACCGCUGUCAAGGAGAGAAUGAAACUGAUCGAGAGAAGAGAGAGAAUGAUGAAAAAUUUCCCUUUGCUUCCAAAUCGCCUUUUGCCGCAUAUUCCAGAUGAGCAACCAAUCGAAAUGGACGAUGAGUAUGAGUUUGAUCCAAGGGGCUGCAAGGAUUCCAAGGAAUUUCUACCAAAGUAUCUUCGAGACGUUCUGCGAUUGACGAUUAUCCGACACUAUUGCACAAUGAGACUGAAGAAGAGAUCGCGAAUGUCGAAGAUUGAUUGCGCAGUGCACGUCGGCGUUAAAGAGUACCAGCAUUUCAAGGACACAUGGAUAAGCAAAAAACGAGACGCGCCGGCGCUCGCUCAACUCGGCAUCCUUGUGGCCCAUACGAUCUCGGAUAUUGUUUCCGAUGAUUGGAUUUGCUAUCGACGCGAGAAGCCCGAAGAGCACAGCAAACUUGAUGAUUUGAGGAAAGACAAUCCGGGUCUCUAUCAUUAUUUGAAAGAUCAGCGGAUGCGGCCAUGGUGGCCUUAUAAGAAGACUAGUGAUGAUUACGCGGAUGAUGCGUAUCGCGCAAUUCUCACAACGACGACCUAUCGGCAGACGAAAGGAAACACCCCGGCGGUUUAUUACAAAAACCGUAUUCAGGAGUACAUCAGUUUUGUUUUCCAACCGCUGCCGUUGUAUGUCGUCCGAUUCCCCUACAUCAGAACCCUUGCGAUUUGGGAGGCACGACAGAAAAUGCAAAUCGAACAGGACGAGGAGGACAAUGAGCCGUGGAAGCGAAUCUACGAAACAGAUCCGUGGUUCGCAGCACUGUCGGAUUACGAGAAAAAGGCGAUUCGAUCAGAAUUCAAGGUCUACAAAAGCACUCGUGGAACAUCGAAUUUCAAUCCGAGAGAAUUGGGAUUUGAUAAUAUGCUCUCAGCGUUUUGGGAAUACAGGAAACUCGGAUUUAUUGGACCGCGCGAGAAGAGCGUCAUGGUGACGCCGGAAUUCAAUCAUCCGUUGUGUUCGAAUCGCAAACGAUUCGCUGAGGAAGUCGACUCUUAUCAAAUCCGUCAGUACUAUUAUUGCCAGCAUAUUGGUCUUGAUGAACUGUACGAUCCUGACAUGGAUUAUCAAUCUGAGGAAAAUUGGCACAGUCUGGAAAUGCAGCAUGUUGCGAAUCCGACGGAAUUCGGAAUCAAUGAUAUUCCACAAGCGACUCGUGAGAAGUUGAGAAAGCGACGAUUUGCCAAGAACAAAUACUUUUAA